AUGAGCGGUCCCGUAGCGCCGGCGCAACAACCACCACCACCACCACCACCACCACAUACCGCGACAGAGACGAUAGAACCGAAUCACACCACCACCACCACCACCCGCAACGACAGAGCCAGCCGCGACUCGGGCAUCGACAACAGCGAGCUCACCCCGGCGACGACGGCCGGCACCCCGUCGCGCGACAUGGGGUCCUCCAACAGCCGGGACUGGAAGGAGCUCAAGGACGAGGCCGCGGAGCCCGCCGCCGCCGACCGCCCCUCCUCGCGCGACACCGCGCAGGGCCGGCGAGGCGGUGGUCAGGAAGGGGGCGCCGGCGCCGACGGGGACGCGAUCGAGCUGGCCGACCGCUCGCACCGGCAGUGGCCCUUCUUCGGCCACAGCAAGGGCCGCGGGGGCGGCCGCGGCGCGACGUCCAACGUCAACGUCACGGCCGUGGCGGCGGACGGCAGCUCGGCCGUCUUCUACAAGGUGUACAAGAGGCGGUGGUUCGGGCUGAUUCAGCUGACGCUGCUGAACGUCAUUGUCAGCUGGGAUUGGCUCACCUUCUCGCCCGUCUCCUCCCAGUCGGCCGAAUUCUUCAACACGACCGAGACCAACAUCAACUGGCUCAGCACGGCCUUCCUCUUCUCCUUCGUCUUCAUCACGCCGGCGGUCAUCUACGUGCUGCACGAGGGGCCCAAGAUCUCCAUCAUCACCGCCUCGGUCCUCGUCCUCGCGGGCAACUGGAUCCGCUACGGCGGCGUGCGCUCGUCGGGCAGCGGCAACUUUGGCGUCGUCAUGUUUGGCCAGAUCCUGACGGGCCUGGCGCAGCCCUUCGUACUAAGCGCGCCCACGCGCUACUCGGACCUGUGGUUCACCAACCGCGGCCGCGUGGCCGCCACGGCGCUGACCAGCCUGGCGAACCCCUUUGGCGCCGCCCUCGGCCAGCUGAUCGUGCCCAUGUGGGUUUCGACGCCCAAGGACAUCCCCAACAUGGUCCUCUAUGUGUCCAUCAUAUCCUCAGUCUGCUCCAUCCCCUCCUUCUUCGUGCCCAAGGAGCCGCCGACCCCGGUGGCCCCGUCCUCGGAGACGCCCAAGACCAGCCUGCGCGAGUCGGUGCGCAUCCUGUCGACGUCGCUCGAGUUCUGGCUCAUCUUCGUCCCCUUCUCCGUCUACGUCGGCUUCUUCAACUCGGUCUCGAGCCUGCUCAACCAGAUCAUGGGGCCCUACGGCUACUCGGACGACGAGGCCGGCAUCGGCGGCGCCAUGCUCAUCGUCGUCGGCCUCGUCUCGUCGGCCAUCACCUCGCCCAUCCUCGACCGCACCAAGGGCUUCCUCGUCGCCAUCAAGGUCGCCGUGCCCGUCAUCGCCCUCUCCCUGCUCGCCUUUGUGUGGAUGCCCGAGACCAAGGCCUCGGGCGGGCUCGCGGGGCCCUACGUCGUGCUCGCCGCCCUCGGCGCCUCGGCCUUCUCCCUCGUGCCCGUCGCCGUCGAGAUGCUCGUCGAGGUCACGCACCCCAUCAGCCCCGAGGUCACGUCGACGCUCGGCUGGGGCGGCGGCCAGCUGCUGGGCGGCUGCUUCAUCCUCAUCUCGGACGCGCUCAAGGACGGCGGGCCCGCCGCGAGCCCGCCGGGCAACAUGAAGCGGGCGCUCGUCUUCACGGCCGCCGUGGCGCUGGCCGUCGUGCCCCUGCCGCUGUGCCUCGGCCUGUUUGGCCGGCGCGAGCACGUCCGGCUCAGGCGGGUCCGGUCCGACGAGAUGAUGCGGCGGCACCGCGGGGCGGUGGCCGGCGACGAGGCGUCGUGA